AUGCGUCUGCUGUUGGCUUCUCUAGCCCUAGUGGGCUGCACCUUGGCAGGUGUGCACCAAGUUCGUCUCGUCAAGAUCGAACCAAGAAGGGCGAAAAUGAUCCGCGAAGGAACCUGGGCUGAACAUGUCAAAAUGAAGAAUGCUGCUCGCUCUGUGAUACAAAUGUCGGCCGCAAAAUCAAAAAGCAUAUACCAUCAGAGGGUUAGCGACUUCGAUGACCAGGAAUACCUCGGAAAUAUCACCAUCGGAACACCUGAACAAGAAUUCAGGUAUGGUACCGGUUCGGCGUCAGGAUUCUUUGGCAUGGACACAGUUCGAUUUGGUUCACCUGGCACUAACCCACUGGUCGUUCGGAAAACCGUAUUCGGACAGGCGACUCAUCUAGCGCCCUUCUUUGCCGGACAACCAAUUGAUGGUAUCCUUGGCUUGGCGUUCCCGAGUAUUGCUGAGGGUGGGGUUACACCUCCACUCAUCAACGCUAUACAACAGGGGUUGCUCGAUCAACCUGUCUUCACAGUUUUCAUGAAACACGUUGGAGAGCAGGAAAACGUUGACGGCGGUGUUUAUACGUAUGGUGGAAUUGACACCCAAAAUUGUGGACAAAUCAUCGCCUACCAGCCUCUUUCAUCCGCCACCUACUGGCAAUUUGUGAUGGAUGGAGUGAAGUCUGGUUAUUUCCUCAGGCAAAAGCGCUAUCAAGUAAUCUCCGACACCGGUACCUCAUUGAUUGGAGGUCCAUCCUCUGUUGUUUCUCAGAUUGCCAGAGCUGUCGGAGCCAUGGUGAGAUUCUACGACAUUCAUACCGGCUUCUCUCUCCAGCUUCCAUAUUCAAUCAAUUUUACGCUUUUCACAGUACGACCAAUCGCAUGGCGUGUACUUCAUCAACUGCUACGCCCAACCAUCACUUAA